AUGUUGACCAUUGAAUGGCAAAAACGAGGUUUGCCACAUGCCCAUAUACUGAUUUGGCUUGCAAGUAAAAUUCAGCCUGAUGAGAUUGAUUCUAUUAUAAGAGCUGAGAUACCUAAUAAGGACGAGGAUCCAUUGUUAUACGAAAUUGUUUGCAAGCACAUGAUACAUGGACCCUGUGGUGACCUUAAUCCCCAAUCUCCAUGCAUGGCUGAUGGUAAAUGUACGAAACGGUACCCACGGUCGUUGAUACACAACACACAAACAGGUGAUGAUGGCUACCCACAAUACCGUCGACGUUCCUUGGAGAAAGGUGGUGAAGUUGCUGUCAUUGGUACAAAGGAAAUAAAUAAUAGUUGGGUUGUGCCAUAUUCUCCUAUUUUAAGUAGAUGUUUUUCAGCGCAUAUCAAUGUAGAAUAUUGCCACUCUGUAAAGGCUAUAAAAUAUUUAACAAAAUACAUAAACAAGGGAAGUGACCAAGCUACUUUUGCAAUAGAAGAUCCAAAGAAUGAGGUAGAAAAAUACUUAAAUGGUCGCUACUUGAGCACUUCAGAAGCGUUCUGGCGAAUAUUUAAAUUUCCUAUUCAUGACCACUAUCCUGCUGUGUAUCAUUUAGCUGUGCACUUAGAAAACGGCCAACGAGUUACCUUCAACGAUGCUAACUUUCAACAAAUAUCACAGAACCCACCUGCAACGACGCUAACAGAAUUUUUUAAACUUUGUAGGAAUGAUAAUUUUGCAAAAACUCUUUUAUAUUGCGAUGUACCCUCUUACUAUACCUGGAAAAACAAACAAUUUUACCGUCGUAAGCAAGGAAAAGUGGUUCCAGAAUAUCCAGGAAUAAAACGAGACGAUACUCUUGGCCGAGUAUACACAAUUCACCCCAAUUCCGGUGAAUGCUUUUUUUUGCGGAUUCUGCUUCACAAUGUUCGUGGUCCAGUUUCUUUUGAAAUGAUCAGAACUGUUAACGGCGAAAUCCAACCAACAUACCAAGCUGCGUGCAAAAAGUUGGGACUUCUCGAAGAUGAUGAACACUGGAAAUACGCUUUGGUUGAUGCCUCCGCAACACAGUCACCACGACAGAUUAGAGAUUUGUUUGCGAUCUUGCUUAUGUUCUGUCAGCCAACUGAACCAAAAAGUUUGUGGGAAGAAUUUAAAGAAAGUAUGUGUGAAGAUAUUUUAUAUCAAGCACGUUCUGAGCAAAGAAAUAACGAGCUCCUAUUUUCUGAUGACAUUUUCAAUCAAGGUUUAAUUUUGAUCGAAGAUAAACUUUUAAUGUUAAGUGAUAAGCGAAUUGAUGAGUAUGGACUUCCAAAACCAACAAGGAUUAACCAAAUGGACUUACAGCAUCAAUAUACAAGAGAAAUCCAAUACGACAAACAAAAUCUACAUCAGUACGUGCAGGAAAAUUUACCAAAACUGAAUUCGGAACAAAAACUUGCUUUCAGCCAAAUAAAAGAAAGUGUAGAUUUACAUAAAGGAAAACUUUUUUUCAUAGACGCGCCUGGAGGUACUGGUAAAACCUUUUUGAUUAAUCUUUUACUAGCGAAAUAUAGAUCAGAAGGUAAGAUUGUUCUUGCCGUCGCCUCUUCUGGGAUUGCAGCAACAUUGCUUAGUGGAGGCAGAACUGCUCACUCUACGUUCAAGCUGCCAAUUAACAUCAUUGCCCAUGAAGAAGCAACAUGCUCUAUUUCAAAAACCACUUCCAUUGCAAAAGUAUUCCAAAAAGCGGACCUUAUCAUUUGGGAUGAAUGUACGAUGAGUAAUCAAGCUCAUAUUGAGGCUGUGAAUCGACUCCUUAAAGAUUUAAGAUCAUCGUCAAGACUUAUGGGUGGAGUCACAAUGGUUUUUUCUGGGGAUUUUAGACAGAUAAUGCCAGUGAUUCCCAAGGGUACUCGAGCCGAUAUUAUCAAAUCUUGCGUUAAGUCGUCUUCUAUUUGGCGAUAUGUACAAAAACUUCAACUUAAAAUCAUUAUGAGAGUAAAGCUUACUAACAACACUGAUACUUCUGAGUUCGCGUCUCUACUUCUAAGAAUUGGUGAUGGAAAACAUACUUUCAUGGGUCCAAAUACAAUUGAAUUAAACGAAAGCUUCGGAAAAAUUGUGUAUAGCACAGAACAACUUAUUCAGUGUGUGUAUGGAGACCUGAACGCGUUAGAAUCAAGACCAUUUUCUUGGUUUUGCGAAAGAGCUAUCGUGUCACCAAAAAACUGUUCAGUGGAUGAAAUAAACAGAUACGUGCUUCAGAAUCUUAAAACGGAGUCGCAUAAAUACAAUGCAAUUGACACUGUGGUUGAUGAUAAUGAUAGUGUGCACUACCCUCAGUUUUUAAAUUCACUCAACCCAGCAGGCCUGCCGCCAUAUCAACUUAAUUUAAAAAUUGGUACACCAAUUAUUCUAAUAAGAAAUCUCAAUCCUCCGAAUCUGUGCAAUGGCACACGACUCCAAAUCAAAAAGCUAUUAAAAAAUAUAAUACAAGUUCAAAUUUUUACCGGACCCGCAGUAGGAAAAUAUGCCCUGAUUCCCCGGAUACCAAUGAUACCAACAGAUCUCCCUUUUCAAUUUAAACGUGUGCAAUUUCCCAUUAAACCAUGCUUUUGUAUGACAAUUAACAAGGCUCAGGGUCAAUCGUUUAAAUAUAUUGGAGUCGACCUUAGGGAAAAUGUCUUCUCUCAUGGUCAGCUUUAUGUUGCUCUUUCCAGGUGUGAAAUCUAA